CAUUCCUCUAUAUAUUCAGCACUAAAUACCACUCACAAACAGUCUCUCUUUCUCUCAAUUCUUGUAUCUCUUCUUUCUAAUUUUGUUAUUACUUCAAAAAUUUAAUGGGACGAAUAGAGGGAGAAAUUGAGAGUAAUCAUGAGAUACAUCAAGAAUACCAAGUAGCCGAUCAUGAAGCCACUUCCAAUCACGAGAACUUCACAUAUCAGUCUAAUUACUAUCCGGACCAAAAUCAAGAAGUACAAAUGCAACAACAACAACAACAACAAUUCUCGCAGCCCCCGCCACAAUACCCACCGCCGCCACCUCCACAAGGUAACAAUCAAGCAUACGGGGCUAAUCAACCUUUCCAGCCCGUACAAUACCCACCUCCAACCCAACCCAAUAACAGGCCUAAUCAGCCAGUUGCUUACCCACCACAGAACCCGCAACAAUCACUGAACCGGCCGGUUCAGUACCCACCGCAAAACCUACAACAGAACCCGGUUCAAUACACACCACCAGAACAACAAGCCGGUCCGAUGUAUCAAGGCGGUUUAAACCAGCCGAAUCCUGCUGUCUACCCACCAUCGCAACAACAAGUGCCGGUUCAGUUCCCACCCGCAAACCCACAACAAAAACCGGUUCAAUUCCCACCUCAGAGCCCACAAGUCAAUAAUCCCAUGUUCCCAAAUGGGUCGAACCAGCCGGCGAGUUAUAAUCAAGGUCCCCAGUCGUUACAGAAGCAGCAAUAUGUUCAGGGUGGUGGCGUGGCAGAAGGGAUGCCGGUGAUGAUGCAGACGAAGAUGAUGAGUCCGGUUCCACAGGGCAUGCAGGUGGGUUAUGAGGGGUGGAGAACAGGGCUUUUCGAUUGCAUGGAUGAUCCGAUGAAUGCUGUGAUAACGUUCUUCUUCCCCUGCUUGACGUUCGGCCAGAUAGCUGAGAUAGUAGACAACGGAACCACUUCGUGUGGAACGAGUGGGCUGCUGUAUGGACUGAUUGCGGCUGUGAUAUACUCGCCAUGCAUAUUUUCAUGCACGUACAGGACGAAGUUGAGAAAUAAGUUUGGGCUGCCUGAGUCGCCAGCACCAGACUGGAUCACCCACUUUCUUUGCGAGCAAUGCGCUCUUUGUCAAGAAUACAGAGAGCUUCAACUAAGAGGACUUGAUCCAACUAUAGGAUGGCAAGGAAAUGUAGCGAGGAACCCAAGCCUUCAACAGCCGCAAGUUGUGAUGGUGCCUCCAAUGAACCAACAAAUGAUGGGUUAAUUAAAUUAAACCAUCUAAUUAUUGAAAGGCAUCAUCGUGUUGUUUUUGGGUAUUUGAGAAUUUCUUAUACUAAUUAUAUAUAUAUAUAUAUAUCUCUACUUUUUUUAUUUGGAUUUACUGGGUUUUCUAUUCUUUUUCCGCUUGGUGUAAUGAGGAACAACUUGCUUGUUGCAAUUGUCACGGAAGAAAAUCGUGUUUUAAUUUGUUCUAGAAAUUGGCUGGAGUAUUCGAUUUCAUAA